CCAAACCAAAUUUGCUUCUGUUUGGAGAAGUAAUUGCGACGAUUAUUAUAAGUCAUAGUGUAAAUAAUAUUACCCAGAAAACAUGGCAGCUGCAGCAGUAUGUGUGCCGAACCGAGGAUUUGUGGAGUCGCCGUUGACGAAGAUCGCCGGCCGGAAGAGGUCUUGUGCGGAGGAAUACUACUUAACGGCGACCAAAAAGGUUUGCUUUCGGAGCGGAGAUUAUAUAUUCAGUGUAGCCGAUACCGGUUCAGUUGAAUCAACCCCACAAUCCAACACCCACAACGACGACGAUUUUAACGUCAACCACCGCCGCGGUGAUAAUCCUCCUCCGAACAACAACAACGACGACGACAACAUCAAAGCGGAAUGGGUAGAUUUGAUGAUCAAAGAGAUGAUGGCCGCGACGAGCAUCGACGAUGCUAAAUUUCGUGCUUCCAGAUUAUUGGAGGAUAUUCUAGAGAAAUUCGCGCCGGUCAAAGUCGCCGGCGGCGGAGGAUUUCCGGCGGGGGCUCAUCAGAGUAGGUUGAUGCAGGAGAAAAUUGAAGCAAUGUCCAAAGAGAAUUCGGUUCUGAAAAAAGCUGUGGUGAUUCAGCAUCAGCGUCAGAAGAAAUACGAGGAGGAUGAAGAAAAGAAGCAACUGAGGGAAUUGGUGAAGAGAUAUGAAGAUCAAGUGAAGAGUCUUGAAAACAGCAAUUAUGGAUUAACCGUGCAUUUGCAACAGGCUUUGUCUUCCUCCGCCAUUCCCAUUGGUUUUCCUCCUCAUGUUUUCUAAUUAGAAUUUUGUAUAGUGCAUAAUAAUAUAUAGAAAUUAGCGAAACAGUGCAUACUGCAUACUAUGGAUCGUAGGAUCGGACCUAAAUCGAUCCUAGAUCGAUUAAACUUGAAUUUUACAAUAGAAUUGAUCAGGAUUGGUUAGAAUCGCAUAGGAUCGGUCAGAAUCGUAGGAUUGUUUCGAGUUUACUAUUCAUUAAUUAUAAAAAAUUAAUUGAGC